AUGAUAUCUCACGUCGAGACCGCCCAGGCGGAUCAGAUAGACUCCGCGUCUCAAAAUUGGAUUGCUCAAGCUGAACAACCUCAUCUCGUCGACGAGCACGUUAUUCAAGCCGAAAAUGAAGACAAGAUGACACCGUACUUGUUCUUCUUAAUUGCUUCGGCGGCCCUUGGAGGAUUCCUAUACGGUUACGACACUGGUGUCGUUGGCGUUGCACUUCCUUAUGUUGGAACUGAUUUUGGCUAUGCCCUCUCCUACCUUCAACAGGAGAUUGCCACGGCGGCCACCACCGUCGGCUCGAUUUUCGGGGCUGCCAUCUUGGGCAUGUUCGCCGAUAGAUGGGGUCGAAAGCUCUGUUUACUGAUCUCUGACCUAUUCUUUACCGCCGGUGCUAUCGUCAUCGCAUCGAGCUUUUCUCUCGGCCAGCUCAUCGCCGGCCGUCUUAUCCUGGGCGUCGGGGUGGGUGGCGCGGCUGUUAUCUGUCCACUUUACAUCACUGAGCUGGCUCCCACGGCCGUUCGUGGACGAUGUGUAGGGACAAAUGGUUUUUGCAUUCCAUUUGGCCAGACAGUCGCCGUGGCCAUUGGUGCCGGUAUGCAGCACGUCAACGGCAACUGGAGGAUCCUGUUUGGUCUUGGGGUUGUGCCCUCGCUUCUGCAACUCGCCCUGAUGCACAAGUUACCAGAGUCUCCUCGCGUUCUUAUCCUUCGUGGCCAAGACGACAAGGCUCGAGAAGUACUCCAGACAAUCUACAAGUUCGCUUCACCCGAGAUCAUUGAGCUGAAGCUGCGCAUCGUCAAAGAUCACAUUGCGGCUACCACGGCUUUGCAACGCUCGACCACCUUCUGGCAACGCUCUAAGAAGUUAUGGACUCACAAGCCAUACCGCCGUUCAAUCUUCACUGUCAGUUUCAUCCAGGUCUUUGGUCAAUUUACUGGGUAUAACACCCUUCUAUACUACGCUGGAACACUAUUCGGACUCUUGGGUCUUUCCAAUCCGUCCGUUGGAGGCUUAAUUCCUUCAAUCACCAACACUUUCUUCCUUCUUUGCGGCAUGGUUAUGGUAGACCGGAUCGGUCGCCGUGGGCUGCUGAUGAAAUUCGGUCCCAUCAUGGUCAUCGGUCUAACUUGGUGUCUGGUCGCUUUUUACUACAUGUGUAAGCCCACGGGCCACGUCCUGGUUGAUGGCUACCCUUAUCCCCAGAAGGAUGUUGGCCUUGUUAUAGCCGGAAUCGUGAUUUUCGUCUCCGGCUUUGGGUCCACCUAUGCCCAUCUUUGUUGGUACCAGUCCGAGUAUCUCGCUCUCGAGAUUCGUGCAGCGGGUAGUGCUAUUAGCACAACUGCUAGUUUUUCAGCAAAUCUGGUGGUUGCCGUGUCAUUCCUCACCGAACUCGAACAGCUGACUCCUAGCGGGACAUACGGUCUAUACCUCGGCUUCAUCAUUAUCGGCCUGGUGCUUGCCUAUUUCUGCUAUCCCGAAACCAAGGGCCUAUCUGUCGACGAAGCCUUCACCCUAUUCGACGAGGGCUUCGGUGUCAAGAAAUCAAGGGAGAUGCGACGAGAGAAGAUCCAAAUGCAACAGACCUACAACAUGCCAGCGGUAGUCACCGAGGGAGUUGAGAAAGGCGAGGUCUCUCAGACGGAGAAUGUGGACCCCAUCAAAUGA